GCGCAGAGUCCAGAUUCGGCGUUUCGCCGCCCCUGCUGGCUUCCGUUCCGCUUUUUUUCCUGGAAAGGCGAUGCGAGCGAAACUGCCAGCGAGGGGUAUCGACUGCAGCUGCCUGUUCUCGGGGUUGGGAAGCGGACGCGGAGAACGAAAGAGGUUUGGGUCAGCGGCAACUGCCGGCCAAGGAUCGCAAGCUUAGAGAAGGGAAGAAGCGAAAUGGCCAGCACUGUGACAGAACAUGGAAAUGUGAGGAUCCUCACUCAAACAGUCCCACAGACAGGUUCUCUGCCAACACCGGCAGCUACUGUCAGAUUCAUUGACUCUGGUUCUGCAACAUCUCAGCUCCUACUAACCCAUAAGAAAAAGAUCAAGAAUACCCUGCUCAAUGUGAUUGGGAUCUUGCAGAUUGCUUUUGGAGUUACCCAUCUGAGCUUUGGCAUUGCCCUGACAGCAGCUCAAGGAAGCUACACCGUCACUGUGCAAAGUGGCAUUUACUUCUGGACUGGGAUCCUGCUCUUGAUCGCUGGGUCCUUGUUGUUAGAAGUUGAGAAAAGACAAUCCAAGCAGCUAGUGAAAUCUUCUUUCUUUGCCAACGUGAUAUUUUGUGUAGCUGGACUGGUUGCUAUAAUCCUACAUGGUAUUGAGAUUGCACAAACUGUUAAAGAAGGAAACCCAUGUGACUCGAACCACAGUCAUUAUUGCCGAAAUUAUCAUCAGAUUCUGUCAUUUGGCCUGAACUCUGUGUUCCUCAUCUUUGUGCUUCUUGAAGUAUCCUUAGCUAUCAUAGCCAUGAUUAGGCUCAAGACUCAAAAUCAACAGACCUAUCAUCCAAUGGCAUCAUGAAGACAAGUGGUUUCUCUUGUCCUGUCACACAAUGGUGAAUAUUUACUCUACUAUAUAUGCUUCCUUGGCUUGAAGCUCUAUGAGUGUGACCUUCCUAUCUUUACCUUUCCAGUAAACCUUUCCUUCCCUUGCUAAAUCCCAAACAUCUGCCUCAACCAAGAAAUGGAAAACAAGUUUUGUAUUUGUUUAUGAGCAGCUUCUCCUAUACAGGGCAGCCACAGGUUUAUCCUAAAUGCAAUGUCUGUUACAUUCCCUGUAUUAUGAAAGAUCCUCUGUGGUUUCAUCAAUGUUCAUAUCCUGAAAAGCACCAAUCAGAUGUGUGCUGGCGGUUCUAAAUUGUAUAAUACAAGGGCUCUACCAUCAUUCCCUUCCACUUGUAGCUCUUUGGGGUCUUAAUGAAGAAGAGACAGAUUAUCUGCAAGUUCUUCCCUGUCCUCCACCAUAAGAGGCCAUCUAUUUGGAAUCGCCUUAAAUUUGUAUAUUUUCCUCUGUGCGUUUGUACGAGAGAGAGCUUUUUCUAAGUAGGCUUUCUGAGUUUUUUCAAGUUCACUUUUCUUUUUUAUACGUAACUACUACAAUUUUAAGAUGACAUAAACUAUUAAGAAUUAACAUUUAGAAUAAAAGGGAAGAAGGAAAAGAAAUAAGAAAAGCAUACAAAAAUUGCAGAAAAGAAAUAGAAAUUAUUUCUGAUUAUAGAGUCAUGGUGGCACAGUGGCUAGAAUACAGUAUUGCAGGUCUAACUCACUACCCACUCCAGGAGUUAGAUUCUGAGCAGCUCAAAUUUGACUCAGCCUUCCAUCCUUCCGAGGUCGAUAAAUGAGGACCCGGAUUGUUGUGGG